AUGACAAGGCCUAUCAUGUUAAAGCCAUUGGCUAUACUUACUAUUCUAUCGUCUUGCACUGCAGCCGCGUUUCAUUUACAAGAACCAAAAGUCCUUCCAAGCCUCGACAGUUCCACCGGCGUUGGGGUCACAUACAUCCCCAUGACUGACCCUAAUCGCCUGGACCCUUUCACCAAUUACACCCAGCAAAGACGAGUCAUGAUAUCGCUGUACUACCCCGCUCAACCAAGUCCCCCUACGAACUUGCUCGAACAGCGACCGAAAGCCGACGACUGGCACCACAUAACCCCUUACAUGCCUCCAACGACCGCCGCUCUAUACGACGAACUCGUCACUCCAUUCGGUUUCCCCACCAACACAUUCGAGCAGCUCUCGACCCUUUGCCAGCAAAAUGCUCCGCUUCAAGAUGACUCCAUGGCCCACCCGCUCCUAAUCUUCUCCCCAGGCGGCGGGGCGCCGCGUUUUUUCUACUCCACAUUCCUAGAAGAUCUAGCACGCAAAGGCUACGUAGUCGCCGCCAUCGACCACCCACACGAUGCCCUGGUCGUCGAAUUCCCUGAUGGACAGGCCGUCAUAGGGCUCAACAAGUCCCUUACCCGAGACGAGGUAGAAUUGCUCAUCACGGUACGAGCGCAGGACAUAUCCUUCGUACUCGAUGAACUGAGCCGUCAAUCUCCAUCAUCCGCCAAAAUCCAAAUCAACACGACGGAUGUCGUAGCGUUCGGCCACUCACUCGGCGGCGGUACAAUUGCAGAGGCAGCGCUGAAUGACACCCGCAUUAAAGGCGGUAUCAACGUCGAUGGCCGCAUGUUCGGUUCGAUGGAGAAGCCAAACACCACCAUUUCCAAACCGAUCCUCCAGUUCGUAUCCGAAGCCUCCAGUGCGGAUCCGUACUGGCGCUGGGAUGAGGAAUGGGCGCGUCUGUCAGGCUGGAAGCUGGAGCUCGUAUUGAACGGUGCCGCGCACUCGACUUUCAGCGAUAUGCCUCUCGUCGCCGAGGUCUUGGAUGUUCGGAAAAAGCUGGGCGAGGACGGGAAGGAGCUUCUGGGCAAGCUGGAUGGGAUCAGGGGGUUGGAAAUUGUGGUGGAGUAUGUGAGCGCUUUUGCCGAGUUUGUGCUGACGGGGAAGAAGGGAAGUCUGCUGGGAAACAAUGGUGAUGAGAGGUUCCCGGAAGUCAGGGUGAGGAGACAUACAUGA